AAACUAGAAAAAAGAACCACAAAAAAUCAAUCAUUUCCUUUAUCAUGGAAACCGAAAUUUGUGAGCAACUCGGCGAUCUUCACUUGGACAAGGAAGCCAUCUUGCUCCGCGCCGAGCAAAUCGAGCAGGACAUCAAGGCACGGAAGUACUCGGUGAUUCCACCAUUGUCCGACGAGGAGCAGAACCUUCUGGACGCUGAAAUCGCUAAGCGAGCUGCUCCGCCGCCGGGUGUCCCGGAUGCCGCCGAUUUUCCGCUUCACGACAUUGUGAAGGAGUUGGGGCUCGAUAAGCCGGUCGAUGGGACGGAUCCCGAGUUUUAUGAGGAGCUGAAGGCCAAGGACGCGAAUACGGUCUACAAGAACAUGAAAGAUGUUCCGGAUUCCAUCGCCGCCAAGUACCUUCCCGACCUGGCUCGACGCUUCGUGGAAUUCGAACGACGUGUGAAACGUGUCGAACGGAUGCUUUGGGCCCUCCCGCGUGAGGAUCGUAGCCUCGAAGAAGAUCGAUUCGAAAUUCUCACCGAACUUCUCGACAAGAGUUGCCAAGGAUUGGAGAUUUGGGAGGAGCACUGUGAGCGAAAAAUCCCACUUGGGCAUCGUUGUGUGCUCGAGGGAGAGCUCAUUCAUCUGAUCACUUCGAAAUUCGAUUUAAUCGAUAAAAUUUGCGGAGAAUUUGAUAAGUUGAAGAAUAAACGCUCGGAGGUCAACGAUGAACGUGAUAUGCUCCGCUACGAAAUCCGUCACUGUGACAUGAUCUUCACGGAGAUUCACGAGAAGUUUUUGAAAUCUUACUUGGAAAUGGAUUGGUGAAGAAAUAUUAAUAGAUUUUUUUUUCGAUUUGGAAUAAAUUAUUGCAUUU